AUGAUCAAGGAAACCAAGUUCGCGCCGACAGGCAUUCUCUACUCCAAGGCCGAGAACGGACAGCAAAAGGGGCCGUUCAAGAUCGGUGGCGUGGAGCGGGCGCCGCGAACUGGUGAGCAUCCCUUUGAAGCGCUCCACACCGGUGCCUUCAAGACCAAGGCCCUGAAGACGGAGGGCGUCCUCAGCAGCGCCAACGGCCGACACAAUCAGUUCGCCCUUGCUGCGAAGAGCUUCCAGGGCCCGCCAACAGUCAAGCCUGCCGGUGCCAUUGGUGAUGGCCUGGAGAGCCUGGAGUCGAAAGCCUUCGAGUGA